AUGGAUGGAUGGACGACACACUAUCCACCAUCAUCAUCAUCGUUAUCAUCAACAUCAGCAUCAACAUCAUACACACACACCAACUCAUACUCAUACAUCAAUCCAACUUACUACUACUACUACACAUACAUACAACCCAAUCCAAGAUAUAGAACACCUAAUAAACACCUUAUAGAUAAA